AGACACGCGGGCUCCCUCCCCUGACCUUUUAUCAUCCUCUGAACACCAGCCAUGUCACUGCUGUGGGAAGACAGGGAGGUGCGGUUCGACAUAGCACCAUCGCAGAUGAAAAUGCGGCCUGGCGAGCAGCUGAUCGAUACAUUAGACUCUGUGGAAGACACCAAGGGCAACAGCGGUGACCGAGGCCGGAUGCUGGUGACAAACCUACGCAUCAUCUGGCACUCGCACGCCAUGCCGCGUGUCAGCCUCUCGGUCGGCUACAACUGCGUGCUCAACAUCACCGUCAAGCAGGUGAACUCCAAGCUACGCGGUAUGACCGAGGCGCUGUACAUCCUCACCAAGUCGGGCAACACUCGCUUCGAGUUCAUCUUCACCAACCUGACGCCGGGCAGCCAGCGCUUGUUCACGUCCGUCGGCGGCGUGUACAAGGCCUACACCAGCUCCCGGCUCUACAGGGAGCUGAAGCUGCGCGGCGCCAUCGUCUCCAACAAGCAGUUGCGGCGGUUGCCGCAGGAGGAGAUCGUGAGCCGGGUGGACGGCGUGUGGAACCUCUCUUCCGACCAAGGCAACCUCGGCACCUUCGUCAUCACCAACGUCCGACUCGUUUGGUUUGCCAACAUGAACGAACAGUUCAACAUGUCGCUGCCGUACCUCCAAAUGGACUCGGUUCGCACGCGCGACUCCAAGUUCGGCCCGGCGCUGGUGGUGGAGUCCACGGAGAGCAGCGGCGGCUACGUGCUCGGAUUCCGGAUCGACCCCAAGCAGAAGCUGAUGGAGGUCUACAAGGAGCUGGACUCGCUCUUCCAGGUGUACAGCGAGACGCCUGUGUUCGGGGUGGAGUACACGCGCGACUGCGAGAGCGCUUCGAUGACGGCGGACCAGCUGAGCAACGACAUGGACAAUAUCGCCGAGAUCGACGACACGGAGCCGCCCGCCGACACGUUUGCCUCCUAUUUCGCCGACGGCGACCACGCGCAGGACCGGGAGCCGGUCUACUGUCCCGAGCUGGGGCUAGCUAUGGAGCGGCUCAAGGACGGCUUCACGCUGCAGAGUCUGUGGCAGGUGGUGCCGCAGUAGAGCCCGCGGCCGAUGCUGCCCCUGCAGAACCAAUGCCGCCCCUUGAGGAUGCCCGUCGCCGCCGGUGUCGUGGGCCGGGGUGCGCAGGGGGCGAACGUGGAGCCUGUAUGUUUUGCAGAGUACGACAGAUGGGAGAUUAUCUCGCAACCUCCCGCCCACGUCGGUGCCAGCGGCGAGACAGGAGGCUGUGCUAUCUCCCCGCCACCGCGCCAGUCUCCUCCCGCAGCAUGUGGACUAGCGGGCGUAGUGAGGGUCGCGCCCGUCCGCUGCUGGCUUAUCGUCGUCGGUCUCGCGGCGCGCCGCCCUCACCGAUCAGCUCCGGCAAAGGCCGCAGCACCGCCGUGACCCGUGACUCUCGUUAGUGCGGCGCCGCGCGAGCGGGGAAUGUGUGUGCAAUGCGACCGCGGGUGGAGCGGCGCCGACUCCGUCCGACUGCGUUCCGUCCAAGGGCACAACAGCGCUCCUGCCCUGCUGCGGGCCGUCCCUGUCUGUUCGCACAUACGCAGCCUACCGGGGCUGCGUACCUGGGUCAGCUUUUGGUCUUGAUAGGCUCCGUUGUGAAUGGUGCCAUGUGGGGCGGGUUUGCGCGUGCAGAUCUCAGAGUGGCCAGCCAGCUGAGGCCGAUGCCGAAGCCGAAGCCGAAGCCAAAGUCAAAGCCGAAGCCGAAGCGAAUCGAGUUGUGUGUCGCCAGAAGCUUCAGCAAGGCACGUGUUAUCCGACGCAUCACUUGUGCAAAGCUUGUUUUCAAGCGGAAAGGGACGAAUCUAGUCAGUCAUCACGCGUCAAAAUGCCCGUGCACUUGCACUCAUAUCUUAUGGGGAUAUUG